CCCAGCGUCCUCGCGCGGCUCUUGCCGCUGCUGGGGUUGCUGCUCGGCGGCGCCUCCCGGGCUCCCGGCAAGUCGCCGCCGGAGCCCCCCAGCCCGCAGGAGAUCCUGAUCAAGGUGCAGGUCUACGUGAGCGGGGAGCUGGUGCCCUUGGCCCGGGCCUCAGUGGAUGUAUUUGGAAACCGGAUGCUUUUGGCGGCUGGCACCACGGACUCAGAGGGUGUGGCCACACUGCCCCUCAGUUACCGCUUGGGCACCUGGGUCCUGGUCACUGCGGCCCGUCCCGGCUUCCUCACCAACUCUGUGCCCUGGCGUGUUGACAAGCUGCCCUUGUAUGCAUCAGUGAGCCUCUACCUGCUCCCCGAGCGGCCGGCCACCCUCAUCCUCUAUGAGGACCUCGUGCACAUCCUCUUGGGCUCUCCUGGUGCCCGCUCUCAGCCCUGGGUGCAGUUCCAGCGCCGGGCUGCCCGCCUGCCCGUCAGCUCCACUUACAGCCAGCUCUGGGCCUCGCUCACACCUGCCAGCACUCAGCAGGAAAUGCGGGCUUUCCCUGCCUUCUUGGGCACCGAGGCGUCCAGCUCAGGCAAUGGCUCCUGGCUGGAGCUGAUGCCCCUGGCUGCUGUGAGUGUGCACCUGCUGACGGGCAACGGCACAGAGGUGCCGCUUUCAGGCCCCAUUCAUCUGUCCCUGCCCGUGCCCUCCGAGUCUCGUGCCCUUACCGUGGGCACCAGCAUUCCAGCCUGGAGGUUUGACCCCAAGAGUGGACUGUGGGUGCGCAACGGCACGGGUGUAAUCCGGAAGGAAGGCCGGCAGCUCUACUGGACCUUCACCUCCCCCCAGCUGGGGUACUGGGCAGCUGCCAUGGCCUCCCCCAUGACUGGACUGGUCACCAUCACGUCGGGCAUCCAGGACAUCGGCACCUACCAUACCAUCUUCCUGCUCACCAUCCUGGCAGCCCUGGCCCUGCUGGUGCUCAUUCUGCUAUGUCUGCUCAUCUACUACUGCCGGAGGCGCUGCCUGAAGCCCCGGCAGCAGCACCGCAAGCUGCAGCUCUCUGGGCCCUCGGAUGGCAGCAAACGAGACCAGGCCACCUCGAUGUCCCAGCUUCACCUCAUCUGCGGGGGACCCCUGGAGCCUGCCCCUUCCGGGGACCCCGAAGCUCCACCUCCUGGCCCCCUCCACUCGGCUUUCUCCAGCUCCCGGGACUUGGCCUCCUCCCGCGACGAUUUCUUCCGUGCCAAGCCGCGCUCUGCCAGCCGCCCGGUGGCUGAGCCUGCGGGUGCCCGCGGGGGCGAGGGCGCCGUGCUGAAGGGCGCCCGUUCCAUGGAGGGCCCCGGGGGGCUGGAGCCCGGCGUGGAGGAGUACCGGCGGGGGCCCUCGGGGGCGGCGGGCUUCGCGCACGAGCCGCCCUCGCCGCCGCCGCCCUUCGAGCACUACCUGGGCCACAAGGGGGCGGCCGAGAGCAAGACCCCCGACUUCCUGCUGUCGGAGGCCUGA